GGGCAGGGCAGGAAGCUGGCAGCCAUCCUGCUAGCUGGGAAGAGGGAAGCUGUGGUUGACAACCACCACGCAACCAUCCCACACCGCGCCCGUAGGAGCAUGGAGACUGGAGCUGUAUUUCCACAGCUCCCUGAGAGCGAGCCCAGGAGAGCCCCAGAGGGUGAUGGUGGGAACGGGAGCGUGGAUGAUGAUGCCACGAGCAGGAACCCCUUUGAAGGGCUGGUGAGCCACCUGCGGGCAUCCUGGCUCUCUGGGAAGACUCGACCCAUGGAAUACCGCAUGGCCCAGCUGAAGGCCCUGGGACACUUCCUGGAUGACAAGAAGCAGCAGAUCCUGGAGGCCACUGCCUCUGACUUGGGCAAGGCACCCUUUGAAGCUGAAUUAUCUGAGAUCCUCCUGUGCAAGAACGAGCUCCAUGAGACCCUGAACAACCUGUCCUGCUGGAUGAAGGACGAGCAGGUGGACAGGACUCUGGCGAUGCAGCUGGACUCUGCCUUCAUCCGCAAGGACCCCUAUGGGGUGGUGCUCAUCAUACGCGUGGCCUGGGGCCGCUUCUUCAACGCGGGGCAGACCUGCAUCGCACCCGACUACCUGCUCUGCACCAUAGAGAUGCAGGAGAAGCUGCUCCCGGCCCUGUGUAAGGCCAUUGAUGAUUUCUAUGGCCCCAACCCCCGAGAAUCCCCGGAUUUUGGCCGCAUUGUGAGUGACAAGCAGUUCCAGCGCCUCAGGGCACUGCUGGGCAGCGGGCGUGUGGCCAUCGGGGGACAGACGGACGAGGCAGAGCGCUACAUCGCUCCCACAGUGCUGGUGGAUGUGCAGCCCUUGGAUCCCAUCAUGCAGGAGGAAAUCUUCGGGCCCAUCCUGCCCAUCAUGAUCAUCACCAACAUGGAUGAAGCCAUUGACUUCAUCAACAGCCGGGAGCGGCCCUUGGCUGUGUACGCCUUCUCCUCCGAUGACAAGGUGGUGAACCAGGUCCUGGAGCGGACGAGCAGCGGAGGCUUCUGUGGCAACGACACCCUGAUGCAUGUGACACUGCCUUCACUGCCCUUUGGAGGCAUUGGGAACAGCGGCCUGGGAACACACCACGGGAAGUUCAGCUUUGACACGUUCUCCCACCACCGCGGGUGCCUGAAGCGCGGGAUGGGCUGGGAGCGUCUCAACGCCCCGCGCUACCCCCCCUACAGCCAGCAGAAAUUUGGGGUCAUCCGGGCCAUGUCCAAGGUGACACGUAAGAGUGACUGUACCCUGCUCUGAGGGUCUCCACAUCCCACUCGGAGUCUCCCCACUCAGCACAUCUCCUGCUGCUGGUCCCGGUGCUCAGGUGCAAUGAAAGCUGUUUCUCCACA